CUAACAUGAUUUAUAUAAUCAAGAUAAAAAACUAUAUGAGAUGCUCUCUAAACAAAGAAGGCUUUCUCCAAUAAAAAAACAAAUUGUGGAGCAAGCUAUCACUUUUAAAGCUAAUAAGGUGAAAAUACAAGAAUAUGUUCUUAAUUCAGGUCAGAUGAUGACUCUGAGAGAUAUUCAUAAUAUUUCAGCCAAAUUAAACAAGCCAUCUGAUAAUGUAUUACUUGAUGUAAUAAAUCAACUCAGGGAAGAUAAUGGAGCUGUGGUGGAAAUCCUAGAAAAUGAUAGUGAAUUGUUGGGCAUUUACUUUCAAGAUGCUAGCAUGCUCCAUUAUCUUAAAUAUUAUCCUGAGGUGAUAUUCAUUGAUGCUACCUACAAAUUAAACAAUCUAGGUAUGCCACUGUUUAUUCUACUUGUAAUAGAUAGUCAUGGACAAUCUCAAAUUGUCGCUUUAUGGCUUGUAAAGGCGGAAUCAUAUUUUUGUGUUAAAAAUAUGUGCAUGAUGCUUGGUACCAGAUGAAAAAAUCGUCUGCGGGAAAAUGGCUGAUGUUAAAUUGUUUUAUAUAUUUUCUUCAAGAUACAUUUAAAAUAUUUGCCUUUAAAAUGCCAUCUCCGAGAAAUAAUGGAAUGCCAUAUCUUUAUUUGAAUGGAAAACAGGCCUAUUUAAUCUUUUAUAUUUUAUAGAUAUCAAUAAAAAUCACUUUAUCAUCAUUGGAGGAGACCUUAACAUGAAAUUAUGUAAUGAAAUCACUAAUUCUCUUAUUGGUUUUGCUACUUUAAAUAAUCAACUUUUUAUAAACAAAGAAACAAUAAAUAUCACACAUACUUCAAACCCUCAAACAAAUAUACUCCUAUAAUCCUUAAAAAAUAUAAUAUCUCUAAUCUUAAUUUACCAACCCCAGCAAAUAAUUUUCUACAUAAUUUGAAUCAAAUCAACAAUAAUGACUCAUGGUUAAACAUUUCAAACUCAAUUAUCAAAACAGCAAAUACCCAUCUUAAUAUUAAUUAUCAAUAUCUAUACAUAAUGUACAUAAAUACAAAUGUGUUAUUUUAAUUAUUUCUGCUAGCAAUAUAAUUAUACAUGAAUGGGUUUAAAUUUAAUCGUCAAUAUGUGUCAUUAAAUCAUCACAACACAAAUUCUCAUUAAAUAUUUUCUUUGUUAUUUUUUAUUUUUCAAUAUUAUUUUUUAGAUGUUACAAGAAAAGAUGACACAAUUAAAUCAGGACAGAAAAAAUUUCCUAGGUCAAGUGAAAAGUUUCAUUCUAGUACCAUAAAAGAUGAUGAUGAAAAUUUUCAAGAACCAGCUAUUAAAAAUCUAAAGCUUAAUGCGGAAGAAAAUCAUAUGAAGGUUAUGAAUAUACUAAAUUCGAUAGUUGGAGAGGAUUAUAAUUGUAUAAACAAAAAAGAUGAUGGAGUUAAGACACCAGAAAAAGCAUCGAAAAUGCUAGAGCCUGAUGACAUUCGACCUUUUGGUGCCCCGCCGGAGAGGACGGGCAUGGCUCAAAAUGCCGUUUAUGGUACAGAGGUGGAGAUAGUUGCAAUGACAACUAUGCUCCAGACAAAUAUUUUAAUACAUACUAUUUAUAAAUGGGCAUACUAUAUGCCCAUUAAAAAAUUAAGUAAUAUUAAAAAAUUUAAUGUAAAUAUUUAUUUAAUAAAUCAUAGCGAACAUAUUGAUCGCAUAAUUAAUUUUAAUUAAUAUUUAUAUCGCA